AUGUAUCAAGAUGAUGGAAUUGAGGGCACGCAACCGACGCAGCAGCUUACUCAAACGCAGCGCACGGCUUCUAUGCCUAAUCCCGACGAGCCUGGCUACUGGGGAGUGCUUAUGCCGGUUGGAAGAAGAGAUCUCAACAGCGUCACAUUCUUGAACGAAAAGCCUGCAUAUAGAUUUGGCAGACAUCCCCAAGAGAACGAUAUCAUUUUAAAUGGAAAGAAAAUCAGUAACAACCAUUGCAAGGUUUAUCAGACUGGUGAUUACGAUAACGCAGACGAUGGCGAUCAGAAUGCCUCUGAAAUCGUCGUAUUUAUUGAAGAUACGAGUUCGAAUGGUACUUACAUAAAUCAAAUCCGCUGCGGUAAAGGCGUACAGAGAAGGUUGAUGCCUGGUGAUGAAGUCAGCUUCGGUAAUCCACUCUCAAAUGCACCAGGCACAUUAGACGACUAUCGGUACAUUUUCAGACCUCGCCCUAAGAAGGCUCAGAGUAUAGACGAAAAUGCAGGUGGCGGUGUAUUUGCCAAGUAUGAAAUAGGUGCACAAAUUGGAAAAGGAUCAUUCGCUAGUGUUAAGAAGGCUUACGAGCGGAGUUCAGGCAUUCCACGGGCAGUUAAGCAGAUUGCCAAGCAUAGGUUUGCUAUGAAUCAGAAGACCCUUAAAAUGUUUGAACGUGAAAUUGGCAUUAUCAAGAUCUUGGACCAUGAAAACAUUGCAAGAUUCUGUGAUAUAUUUGAAGACGAUCAGGUGAUAUAUCUCGUAAUCGAAUUCGCUGCAGGAGGGGAUUUGUUGGAUUACAUCAUCAAUCGAGGUGGUUUAUCUGAACGUGAAGCAAGGGAUAUCGCAAGACAGAUGUGUGCUGCUAUGGCGUAUACUCACGAAAAGGGAAUCACCCAUCGUGAUUUGAAACCAGAAAACAUUCUGCUUUGCACGAAAGAUGUAGAACUACCACAAAUCAAGAUUACAGAUUUUGGCUUGGCUAAAGCUGUCGAUAGCCAGACACACCUCAAGACAAUGUGCGGCACACCAUCAUACCUGGCGCCUGAAGUUGUUUUGAAAAGACCAGAGGGUUAUGAUCAAGCGGUCGAUUCAUGGAGUACUGGAGUGAUCAUUUAUGCCAUGCUAACGAAUUCGUCGCCAUUUGACGAGCAAGAAGAUGAACCAUUGCAUGAGAGAGUACAAAAACGACAGGUAGACUACGACGUUCUAAAGCAGUUAGGAAUGUCUGACAGUGCUAUUGACUUUAUCUCCAAGUUGUUGAUAGCCGAUCCUGAGACCCGAAUGUCACUAAAGGACGCGCUCAAUCAUCCAUGGAUAAAUGAAGUGAAGGUGGCAAGACCACCACCACCACCACCAAUCCCAGUACCUAACUUUACCAGCAAAGACCACAGCAACGAAGACAGAAACGAAGUAAUUAAAGGACAGAUCGAAGCUUUGCAGUCGGAGUUGAAGAACGGGAACGGUAAUACAAAUAAUACAGCAGGAACGAGGACGCCAUAUAGAAAUGGAUUCUUCCAGGACGAUGACAGCUCAUCGCCACCGAAAUUCAGCAUACCGUCGUCGAAUCACUCAAAUCAGAACAUGUUCUCGUCUUCUCCGCUUCCAGCAUCUGGUAAUAGAAAUGGGUACAGUGGGAACAAUGGCUAUAAUCCAAAGUCAGACGUCAGCUGCAGUGCAGAUAUGUCGCAGCUCCAGCUUCAGCAUCUGUCUCCAAUGUUGAAAAGGAAACAUCCUGACGAUGGCAGUGAGGAGAAUUACGGGGAGGACAGCUCACCACGUGGCCAUGUGCUUAGAGAUCGCAAGCAAGUGAGGCAUUAG